AUGGAACUUGAGGUGAGUGAGGAGUCACGCAUCCGCAGUAGCAUUGUUGAGGCAAUGGUACAAAACUACCCGCUGAUGUCGUGCACACAAGAGGUGAACGUCAAGGUUGCCACCGCUUCAGAUGCUGCGCUUUCGUGCGCGACGCGCCUCGGCGACUCUCUCACGAAGUUGCAGGCGCUUAGUCAGGCCAUGAGCCGCGUAGGGCAAUUAUGGCGCAAGGAGAGGCAAGUGGCCCUGGGCACUGUGGAGCAGCACCAAAAGUUGUUAGCUUUCUUGGAGGCCCCUUCAGUUUUACAGGAGUGCAUUCGGAAUGAGAUGUAUCACGAAGCACUGGUGGUGUUGGAGCACGUUAGGCGGUCUUCUCAGCCCAUCGAAAAUGUGGAGUUCCUUCACUGCGUUGAGGCUGAAGUGCUCAUCGCGCUCCAACAGGCCUUAGAGGAGCAAAUUCUUCCUCGACUAGCGGAGCAGUUGACAGUUGCCUCCGCACUAAAGUUGACCACUUUUCUCCGGAGGCUCGGUGUGGAAGAGACGUACAUCCGGCAACUGUUCUUGCUAAAAAGGGGAGAGUACAUCGACGGUCACAUGCACGAAGCUGAGCGUAGCGGUGCCCCGUACUCGCGUAUAUUUCGCUAUCUAACAACAUUCAAGGUCCACGUUGCUGAGGUGGUCCUUCAGUAUACUGCCUGCUUCUCUGGCGAGGUAGAUGGAGGCUCAUGUAGUGAGUUGGUCGGGUGGUGCCACGCGAGGUCUUUUGUGUUCCUCGAGCGCCUCCGCGCCUGUCUGGAGAGGAUUGCCAACGGCUCCGAGCUUGCAUCUGUUAUUGAGCAGUACAAUAACUGCGCGAGUGCUGCAGCGCUGGUGCACAUGGACAUGUUUGGCCUCAUUAGCGAGGCAGUUUCGAGCCGAGUGAAGUCUCUUUUCGCCGAGCAGCUUUCCCUUGCCACACAGUCCUACUCCGCAUCCAUGGCAACGUUCUCUUGGCGGCCUCCAACAGACGCCCAGCGACAAGCGUUGCAGAUAAAUAGUGAGGUGGAAGUGGUGCCGGGUAUCACGUCGUCACCACCUGUGGUCCUUUUGCAGUGGCUGCCACUUGCAUAUGCACUGAAUGGGAUACUGACUGCGUUCAAUUCGAUUCGUAAAUGUGUUGUGCCUGGCGUAGAGUCUUUUUGUGUCGCAAAGGUGGAGGAGUUAAUGCAGAUUAUAGCGAGGGACUUGUCACGUGACAGAGACAUCCUUAUGGCAGUGGAGGGAGCUGAGAAGCAUGCAUAUUUACUUUUUGUCCAUGCGUUUGUGCACGAAUUUUAUACACACGUCCUGGUCUGUGUCCGAGAGCUUCUGGGUGACGAGGCGCAGCAGCAGUUGGCCAUGACUAUGCAAUAUAGCGUGGAGGGCCUGCGUGGUUUGCUUUCCCAUGAAAAUAAACCGUCACGAGAUGCGACCCGGCACGUACCUCAUUGCUGUCCGUCCCCGGACAUCACUCUCUCGCAGAAUGCACCCCCAAUCAACGAUGUUGGUGUCGCUCACGGUAGCGAGCAGUUCCUUGAAACGAGGGAGAAACAUUCGUGA